UUGGUGUCUAUACUCUAUACACAAAAAUCUGUGAAAAAAUUGAAAACAUUGAGUGGAGAAAAUGUGCUAAAAAACUGAAUUUUUAUUAUAAUGUACUUCUAAAAAUAUAAUAAAUGAGUUUACUGCAUUAACCAUUUUUAGCUGCCUUUAACGAAAUAAAAAUGAAGGGGAUCUUAGAACCAAUUUUUAUGUUUUUAAUAGGUCUAAAUGCAGUAUCAUCAUCUAGAGUGUUAGAGUUAAGUGACAAAUUUAUCGACAUUAGCAGUGAAGGAGUUUGGUUUGUAAAGUUUUAUGCACCAUGGUGUGCACACUGUCGCAGAAUCGAGCCUAUCUGGGCGCAUGUAGCCCAGGCUUUAUACAACACUCCCAUAAAGGUAGCCAAAGUAGACUGUACACGGUUCACAGCUGUAGCCACUCACUUUAAAGUGAGAGCUUAUCCUACGAUUAUGUUUAUAAAAGGAGCAUUCUGGCAUGAGUACUCUGGAGAGAGACUCAAAGAAGACAUGGUGAACUAUGCAAUGAGGAUGGCUCAGCCAGCAGUACAGAGAGUAUCACAUGCUGACAGUUUGGGCUACCUUAAAGAGACUCACAAUAUAUUCUUUGGUUAUGUUGGAAAACAACAUGGACCAUUAUGGGAAAUGUUUUCAAACCAUGCAGAGAAAUAUCAGGCUCAUAGCUGGUUCUAUGCUUUGUCACAUGAUAUUGCUAGUAAUGACUUGAAGCCUCCAAAUGACUCUUCUGUGUUUGUGUAUAAAGAAGAAGAAAUUUUUUAUUUUCAAACAAAUCUGGAACUGUUGGAAGAUAAGGAUGCCUUAAAUACUUCUCUGAAUAAAUGGGUUAACUCUGAGAGAUUUGGAUUUUUCCCGAAAAUUACAAGAUCUAACAUAAAUGACUUAAUAGCCACUGAAAAGUACAUAGUAAUAGCUGUUGUGUCAGAAAAUAAACUCAAUGAAAUAACACAGACUGAACGUGACUUCAAGGACAUGAUUGAAAGCAUUAUAAGAAGUAAAAAGCAGGAAUUGCACCAUCACUUUCAGUUUGGAUGGAUAGGUAAUCCUGAACUGGCCAACUCGAUAGUCAUGUCGGAGUUGACUGUGCCGCACCUGAUCGUUCUCAACUCCACCACCAGCCAUCACCACAUGCCGGAUGACGACCCCGUGCUUAUGACGCCUGAAGCUGUGUCAUUGUUCCUUGAUCAGAUACACAAACAAAUGGCACCGGCAUAUGGUGGUAACAACUGGAUAGUCCGCAUGUACCGUGGGUUCUUCGAGGCGCGAAUCACUCUCAUGAACAUGUGGCGUGGCAACCCGGUGCUCACUGCGCUCGUGUUUGGCCUGCCGCUUGGUUUCCUCUCACUUAUAUGCUAUUCUAUAUGUUGCGCCGAUAUACUAGAUGCGGACGAGGAAGAAAUUACAGAAACGCACGAGAAGAAGGAUUAAAGAAAAGUCGCGAGUAUUUUAAAAUGAUGUAGUUUUUCGCUAGAUCCCGGAUUAAUUAUAACAAUUAGGUAUAUAAUAACUAUGUUUCCUGUUCAGUAUUGAGUUCUCUAAAUCCUCAUACUCAUGAACGCUUUUAGUAAUGGUUGUUAAAAAACAUUAUUAACUGAACACCAAGCGUCACGUUAGAAAAGCGUCCAUGUAAACAAGGGCUUAUUGUUUUUAUUUUCUGUUUAUAUUUAUAACUAGAGGAUGCCCGUGGCUUCGCCCGCCUGGAUUUCGGUUUUUUAAAUCCCGCAGGAACUCUUUGAUUUUCC